UCUGGACUACAUCUCCCAGCAGGGCCAAGCGCUUUCGCCUCAAUGUUGUGAAUAUGUAUCAGAAUGUUAAUGAUUUGCUGCUGCUAAAUUUGGUCAUAGAAGUCACCUACACAGAUCGCGGUGUGGGAGCUGCUCGGAACGGCACUCUGGCUGCCUGGUUUAUUUAUUUAUAAUUUUGCUACCAAACCUUGGAUUGUCUUUCUGGUUCCACAACCUACCCACCUCCUCUCCCCGCAACAAAAGUGCGCGGUUGUCGAUCGGAUGAGAGAGACGGAAGUGGGAAAUCACCGGAGCUCGUCUGAAAGGAGAAAGCGAGUACGAUAACCUGGUGGGGAAGAAGUAAGAGGUGUGCAAAGAGCAGCUAAAGAGGAAGCCCAGCGGGAGGGAACAGGGCCGGUCUGACUGACUGCAUCUGCCCAGGAAUAAGUUGGUGUCAGAGCGGGGCGCACCGUGGGAAGGGACUCGUCGGAAAGUUGCUGUGAGGAGGCUGCUGCUUUGUUUGUUUCACGGGAGCCUGGCUCUGGAUCUCGGCUCUUUCGGGGCCCCUGGAUUGGCCCCUGUUUCCUGGGGCAGGUCUCACCCCGUGGAUCCCGGAGCGAGGGUGGAAAAGAUUAAGGCGGCUUGCGGAUAAUGAGAUUCCACGCGUGACAGCCGCUUCCUGUGGGAUGUGUAAGGGUUCGGUCGGGGGAGCAGGUCUUGCCUGGGGCUGAGCUGCAUUAGGCUUACUAUUAACACAAGGAGUCCGGGGCUACAGCCUCAGUGAGCAGCACAAUUAGCUGGAUUCCAAGCCUCCACCCUCCCUUUGUGCUGGGGGCUCUUCCCACUCACCCCUCCCGUGGCCUCCUGCAAUUAGUCCAUGACCCUCAGUGCUCUGGGCCAGGAACCUCCCCAGCGGCUUGGAUGAUUCGAGACUUGAGCAAGAUGUACCCCCAGACCAGGCACCCGGCGGCUCCUCAUCAGCCAGCACAGCCCUUCAAAUUCACCAUAUCAGAGUCGUGUGAUCGGAUUAAGGAGGAGUUUCAGUUUUUACAGGCUCAGUACCACAGUUUGAAGCUGGAAUGUGAAAAGCUGGCCAGUGAGAAGACAGAGAUGCAGCGACAUUAUGUUAUGUACUACGAGAUGUCGUAUGGACUGAACAUUGAGAUGCACAAACAGGCAGAAAUUGUCAAGAGGCUGAAUGCUAUCUGUGCACAAGUCAUUCCUUUCUUGUCCCAAGAGCACCAACAGCAAGUGGUACAAGCUGUGGAACGUGCCAAACAGGUGACCAUGGCAGAGCUGAAUGCCAUCAUUGGGCAGCAGCAACUCCAGGCACAGCAUUUGUCUCACGGACAUGGUCUCCCAGUGCCUCUCACUCCGCAUCCUUCUGGACUUCAACCUCCAGCCAUUCCUCCUAUUGGAAGCAGUGCAGGAUUGCUGGCUCUCUCCAGUGCCCUAGGCGGCCAGUCCCAUCUUCCAAUUAAGGAUGAGAAAAAGCACCAUGACAGCGACCAUCAAAGAGAUAGAGAUUCCAUCAAGAGUUCUUCUGUAUCCCCCUCCGCAAGUUUCAGAGCUGCAGAAAAACAUCGAAAUUCAUCAGAUUAUUCCUCAGACAGCAAAAAGCAGAAGACUGAAGAGAAAGAUAUUGCAGCUCGUUAUGACAGUGAUGGUGAAAAAAGUGAUGACAACCUGGUGGUGGAUGUUUCCAAUGAGGACCCUUCGUCUCCCAGAGGAAGCCCAGCGCAUUCUCCGCGGGAAAAUGGCUUGGAUAAACCACGCCUUUUAAAGAAAGAUGCCCCCAUCAGUCCAGCCUCCAUUGCCUCAUCCAGUAGUACCCCUUCUUCAAAAUCCAAAGAACUCAGCCUUAAUGAGAAGUCCACGACUCCUGUUUCAAAAUCAAACACUCCCACUCCACGAACUGAUGCUCCUACACCUGGCAGCAACUCAUCUGGAUUGCGACCUGUUCCUGGCAAGCCACCAGGUGUUGAUCCAUUAACAGCAGGUCUUAGGACACCGAUGGCUGUUCCAUGCCCUUAUCCAACCCCAUUUGGGAUCGUACCACAUGCUGGGAUGAAUGGGGAUUUGACCAGUCCAGGGCCUGCUUAUGCCAGUCUUCAUAACAUCUCCCCACAAAUGAGUGCAGCGGCCGCUGCAGCUGCAGCAGCUGCUGCUUAUGGAAGAUCCCCAGUGGUUGGUUUUGACCCACAUCACCAUAUGAGGGUUCCUGGCAUACCUCCUAAUCUAACAGGCAUCCCAGGUGGAAAACCCGCCUAUUCAUUCCAUGUAAGUGCCGAUGGUCAAAUGCAGCCAGUCCCUUUCCCUCCUGAUGCACUUAUAGGACCAGGCAUUCCAAGACAUGCACGGCAGAUAAACACACUAAAUCACGGGGAGGUAGUGUGCGCAGUUACCAUCAGUAACCCCACGAGACAUGUGUACACUGGUGGGAAGGGAUGUGUCAAAGUCUGGGACAUCAGUCAUCCAGGGAACAAAAGUCCAGUAUCUCAGCUGGAUUGCCUGAACAGAGAUAACUACAUACGUUCCUGCAGAUUGCUUCCUGAUGGGCGCACCCUUAUUGUAGGAGGGGAAGCCAGCACAUUAUCCAUUUGGGACCUGGCAGCUCCUACUCCACGUAUAAAAGCAGAACUGACAUCAUCUGCUCCAGCCUGCUAUGCUCUGGCCAUCAGCCCUGAUUCCAAGGUCUGCUUCUCCUGCUGUAGUGAUGGCAACAUUGCAGUGUGGGAUUUGCACAACCAGACUCUAGUAAGGCAGUUCCAGGGCCACACAGAUGGAGCCAGCUGUAUUGACAUUUCUAACGAUGGGACUAAGUUGUGGACAGGAGGCUUGGACAACACAGUAAGGUCCUGGGACCUGCGUGAAGGACGGCAGCUCCAGCAGCAUGACUUUACAUCACAGAUCUUCUCAUUGGGUUAUUGUCCAACUGGGGAAUGGCUGGCUGUGGGUAUGGAAAACAGCAAUGUUGAGGUGCUCCAUGUAACCAAGCCAGAUAAAUACCAGCUACAUCUGCAUGAGAGCUGUGUCCUCUCGCUUAAAUUUGCACACUGUGGAAAAUGGUUUGUGAGCACAGGAAAAGAUAAUCUUCUCAAUGCCUGGAGAACACCUUAUGGAGCAAGUAUAUUCCAGUCCAAAGAAUCCUCAUCAGUGCUGAGCUGUGACAUCUCCGUGGAUGAUAAAUACAUUGUCACUGGGUCAGGGGACAAGAAGGCCACAGUUUAUGAAGUUAUUUAUUAGAGACAAACUCUGCCAAUGGACGCUUACUAGUAGCACUUUUCUGUAUAAUUUCUCCUACCACCUCCCAAGUCCAAGGAUUCCAAAAACUAUAAGCCACAAGUUAUGAUGCUCGUCCCCUUCUUUGCAACGUGCUCUACCCAGAUUCCUGUAUAAUUUCGAAUGCUUAUUAGGAACUUGAAAUGGAACCUUCAGGAUACCCUUUAGCAAGUCCCACAGAAAGAGCAUGCUUAACUUUGGACUUGUGAUUCUCUGAAUUUGUAUUAUACUUGUAACAUAUUUAUUUUGUGUAAAGAAGACUUUCUAACCAAUGAAAUAACUUGUUAAUGAGUUGCCUGUCCCUGCAAAGAAAAUUAAGACUGUCUUUAUUUGUCCCAAGAAAUUCUGAAAAUACACCUUCUGGACAUCUCUGGCAUGUACAAGUUUGCAGCGGUAUUGACUGUCACCGCCGGUACUCUGACUCUGACAUGCUACAACAAUCCAAAGGAAAUCGUACUACUGCAUUGAAGCAUCUUAUAAGAAAGCGUAUAGGAGGAAUUCACAGGCUAGAUCACUCAGAAGAAUGUACCUCCCCUGCAGAGGACUUUCAUUAAGAAAUCAACAUUUUUUGUCCCCGGUUUAGAGGCACAGUGAGCCGCCAUGCCUCCGAAAAUGUUUUAACUUUUUUAUGUCCUCAUUGUUGCUGUUUAACUACAAUAUGUGAUUCUUUUUGUAUUUUUACUUUUUUUUUUAUUUUAAAUGCUUUAAAAAUCUUAAAGUCUGUGGAUCUGCUGAUGUACAGUGCCUUUUGCUGCUAUGGAUCAAAAUAAAAACAUUGUAGAUAACUCUUACCGUACACGUAAAAGAUAAUUUCCUACUAGAAAUGAAUCAAUACUGAAAGUCGGACUGUUUUACUGAAGUUGCAAAUGUGGUAGCAAAAAUGGUGUUUUAAGUACUCAGUGUUUGAUGUCAUUAACAGUUUCGUAAUACUCUACAGUGUAGAAAAUUUUUGAUACUAAAUUGUGUCAUUGUAUAUAAUUAUAUGACAUUGUUGACCAUAAGUACAUCUAUAAUAUUAGAUUGUUUGUGCAUUCAGACUUUUAAGCAUUAAACUUAAGUAACUUCUA